GCAAGGGGAGGGCCUGCCAGGUGAGGCGCGGUCACCCCAGGCUCUCACUUCCGCCCAGGUGAGGGAGGGCCGGCGCCGAGCCCGUCCGCCCCAGACUCCCACCCGCACCUCCGCCGGAGCAGGAUUUUAAAAAAGUGAUUGAAGAAAACAAUUCAAAAUGCCUGAAAAUCCUGCUACAGAUAAACUGCAGGUCCUGCAGGUUCUUGAUCGCCUGAAAAUGAAAUUACAGGAAAAGGGUGACACAUCACAGAAUGAGAAGCUAUCUAUGUUUUAUGAGACAAUAAGGAGUCCUCUCUUCAACCAGAUACUCACACUUCAGCAGUCCAUCAAGCAACUGAAGGGGCAGCUCAGCCAUAUACCCUCAGACUCUUCAGCCAACUUUGAUUUUUCUAGGAAAGGUCUGUUAGUGUUCACGGAUAGGUCCAUUACUAACGGGAAUGUCCACAGGCCCUCUACUAACUUGACUGUAUCUGGGUUAUUUCCUUGGAUUCCGAAGUCAGGAAAUGAGGACUUUAACUCAGUCAUUCAACAGAUGGCCCAGGGCCGGCACGUUGAAUAUAUAGAUAUAGAACGACCUUCAACUGGAGGCCUUGGAUUCAGUGUGGUGGCACUUAGAAGUCAAAAUCUGGGAGAAGUUGAUAUCUUUGUGAAGGAGGUACAGCCAGGUAGUGUAGCAGACAGGGAUCACAGGUUAAAGGAAAAUGACCAAAUAUUGGCCAUUAACCACACACCACUGGAUCGGAACAUUUCCCAUCAGCAAGCGAUUGCAUUAUUACAACAAACCACUGGAUCCUUACAUCUGGUUGUGGCCAGGGAACCAGUCCAUACAAAAAGCAGUGUUUCUACCAGCCUAACUGAUACAACUCUGCCUGAAACAGUUCGUUGGGGCCAUAUUGAAGAUGUUGAACUCAUUAAUGACGGCUCUGGAUUAGGUUUUGGAAUAGUUGGAGGAAAAUCAAGUGGUGUGGUUGUGAGGACUAUAGUUCCUGGAGGAUUAGCAGAUCGAGAUGGAAGACUCCAGACAGGGGACCACAUCUUGAAGAUUGGUGGCACAAACGUGCAGGGAAUGACCAGUGAGCAAGUUGCUCAAGUGCUGAGGAACUGUGGGAAUUCAGUCAGGAUGGUCGUUGCUAGAGACCCAACUGGUGAAAUUUCGGUGACCCCUCCUGCCCCUGCAGCCUUACCUGUUGUCCCACCCGCUGUAGCCAACAAGAGCCCUGACUCUGACAGUUCUCUUUUUGAAACUUAUAAUGUUGAACUCAUUAAAAAAGAUGGACAGAGUCUUGGGAUUAGAAUUGUUGGCUAUGUUGGAACAUCUCAUACAGGGGAAGCUUCAGGGAUUUAUGUGAAGAGUAUCAUACCUGGCAGUGCUGCAUACCACAAUGGCCACAUUCAAGUGAAUGACAAAAUAGUUGCUGUUGAUGGUGUGAAUAUUCAGGGUUUUGCCAACCAGGAUGUUGUUGAAGUUUUACGAAAUGCAGGGCAGGUGGUACGUCUAACCCUAGUUCGAAGGAAGACACCCUUGUCUGCUCCACUUGAACAGCCCUCAGACAGAGGAACUAUUAUAGAACCACCAAAAACACCAGUCCUCUUUCUAACUGGAGCAGUGGAAACAGAAACUAAUUUGGAUGGUGAAGAUGAGGAAAUUGAAGAAAGAAUGGAUAAUCUCAAAAAUGAUGACAUAUAUGCCUUAGAAAAAUUGGAAAGAGUCCCAGACUCUCCAGAAAAUGAGCUGAAAUCCAGAUGGGAAAACCUAUUGGGCCCUGAUUAUGAAGUAAUGGUUGCUACUUUGGACACACAGAUUGCAGAUGAUGCCGAGUUGCAAAAGUAUUCAAAGUUGCUGCCUAUUCACACUUUAAGACUUGGUGUGGAAGUGGAUUCCUUUGAUGGGCACCAUUAUAUCUCUUCAGUUGUUCCUGGUGGUCCUGUUGAUACACUGAACCUCCUACAGCCAGAGGAUGAGCUUCUUGAGGUCAAUGGUGUGCAACUCUAUGGAAAAUCUCGCCGAGAAGCAGUCUCCUUUCUUAAAGAAGUGCCACCCCCUUUCACCUUGGUUUGCUGUCGACGGUUGUUUGAUGAUGAGGCCUCUGUAGAUGAACCAAGGACCACAGAAGUCUGUCUUCCUGAGACGGAGGUUGACCACAAUGUAGAUGUCAAUACUGAAGAAGAUGAUGAUGGAGAAUUAGCACUAUGGUCUCCAGAAGUCAAGACUGUUGAGCUAAUAAAAGAUUAUAAAGGCCUGGGAUUCAGCAUUUUGGAUUACCAGGACCCUUUAGAUCCUACAAGAUCAGUGAUUGUAAUCCGCUCCCUGGUAGCAGAUGGUGUAGCCGAAAGAAGUGGAGAGCUGUUACCUGGAGACCGCCUGGUCUCAGUCAAUGAACACUGUUUGGACAACACCACACUUGCUGAAGCUGUGGAAGUGUUGAAAGCUGUGCCACCAGGCACCGUAUGCCUUGGCAUCUGUAAGCCUUUGGUGGAAGAUGAUAAAGAAGAAAAUUGUUAUAUUUUACAUUCAAGCAAUAAUGAAGACAAGACUGAAUUUUCAGGAACAACUCAUGAUAUAAAUUCAUCUAUAAUACUUGAAGCACCCAAGGGGUUUAGAGAUGAACCGUAUUUUAAAGAAGAACUUGCUGAUGAACCAUUUCUAGAUUUGGGAAAGUCUUUCCAGUCUCAACAGAAGGAGGUAGACAACAGCACGGAGGCCUGGGAGAUGCAUGAAUUUCUGACUCCUAGAUUGCAGGAAAUGGGUGAAGAAAGGGAAAUGCUUGUUGAUGAAGAAUAUGAGCUGUAUCAAGAUCGCUUUCAGUCCAUGGAGUUGUACUCCACGUCGCACAUUCAAGAAGCCACUCCUGUGCCCUCUGUGGAAGAACUUCACUUUGGUACACAGUGGUUACAUGACAGUGAAACUCCCGAGUCACAAGAAGCAAGAUCCAUGAGGAGUACAUAUUCCCAGGAGACACAGCAGUAUAGCUGUAGCACUGAAAACCUGAUGAAAGAAAAUUUUGGCCUUGAUUCCCUGCCGUCUGUACCCUCAACUAAAGGAAACAGUCAACAAAGCAGAUUUGAUGAUCUGGAAAAUCUUAAUUCAUUAGCAAAAAGCAGUCUGGAUUUAGGCAUGAUGAUCCCACAUGAUGUCCAAGGUCCUAGCUUGCUUGUUGACCUUCCUACUGUGGCUCAAAGAAGGGAGCAAGAAGAUUUGCCUUUAUACCAGCUCCCCAGAACCCAAGUUGUUUCCAAGGCCUCUGCGUACACAGGAAUGUUGUCUUCUAGAUAUGCCACUAAUGCAUGUGAGUUACCUGAGAGAGAAGAAGGUGAAGGAGAAGAAACUCCAAACUUCAGCCACUGGGGUCCACCAAGAAUUGUCGAGAUUUUUAGAGAACCCAAUGUUUCACUUGGUAUCAGUAUUGUUGGUGGACAGACUGUUAUAAAACGCCUGAAGAAUGGAGAAGAGCUUAAAGGUAUAUUUAUCAAACAAGUUUUAGAAGACAGUCCAGCAGGAAAAACAAAUGCACUUAAAACUGGAGAUAAAAUACUUGAGGUGUCUGGAGUAGAUUUGCAGAAUGCCUCACACAGAGAAGCAGUUGAGGCCAUUAAGGAUGCAGGAAACCCUGUGGUGUUCGUUGUUCAGAGCUUGUCAUCCACUCCAAGAGUCAUUCCUAAUGUACAUAACAAGGUCAACAAAAUCACCAAUAACCAGGACCAGGACACCCAAGAAAAGAAAGCAAAGAGGCAAGGAACUGCUCCACCUCCGAUGAAACUGCCUCCACCUUAUAAAGCUCCAUCUGACGACAGUGAUGAAAAUGAAGAAGAAUAUACCUUUACUGACAAAAAAAUCAGGCAAAGAUAUGCAGACCUGCCUGGAGAACUGCACAUUAUUGAGCUUGAAAAGGAUAAAAAUGGUCUUGGACUCAGCCUUGCUGGUAAUAAAGACAGAUCACGCAUGAGCAUAUUUGUGGUGGGAAUUAACCCUGAAGGCCCUGCUGCAACAGAUGGACGAAUGUGUAUUGGAGAUGAACUGUUAGAGAUAAAUAAUCAGAUCCUGUAUGGAAGAAGUCACCAAAAUGCAUCUGCCAUUAUUAAGACUGCCCCAUCAAAGGUCAAGCUGGUUUUCAUCAGAAAUGAAGACGCAGUCAAUCAGAUGGCUGUCACGCCCUUUCCAUUACCGUCAAGUUCCCCGUCUUCUAUUGAGGAUCAGAGUGGCACCAAACCUGUUAGUUGUGAGGAAGAUGGCAGUUUCGAAGUUGGUGUUAAACAAUUGCCUGAAAGUGAAAGCUCCAAACUGGAGGACACACCCCAGGUGGCUGGUCAAGGUGUGGUGGCAGAUCAGCAGAACACACUGGAGUACCCGACUGACAACGCUGUCAGCCAGAUGAAACAGCAAAAAUAUUCGGCAAAAGUCUCCUUCAGUUCACAAGAGAUACCAUUAGCACCAACUCCAUCAUACCAUUCAACAGAUGCAGACUUCACAGGCUAUGGUGGCUUCCAGGCUCCUCUGUCAGUGGACCCUGCAACGUGUCCCAUUGUCCCUGGCCAGGAAAUGAUCAUAGAAAUAUCCAAGGGACGUUCAGGGCUUGGUCUCAGCAUUGUUGGAGGCAAAGACACACCAUUGGAUGCAAUAGUUAUACAUGAAGUAUAUGAAGAAGGAGCAGCAGCCAGAGAUGGAAGACUUUGGGCUGGUGACCAGAUAUUAGAGGUGAAUGGGAUUGACCUGAGGAGCUCCAACCAUGAAGAAGCCAUCACAGCUCUGAGGCAGACCCCCCAGAAAGUGCGGCUGGUGGUGUAUAGAGACGAGGCACACUACAGGGACGAGGAGAACUUGGAGAUUUUCCCUGUGGAUCUGCAGAAGAAGGCUGGCCGAGGACUGGGCCUGAGCAUCGUUGGAAAAAGAAAUGGAAGCGGAGUGUUUAUUUCUGACAUCGUGAAAGGCGGAGCCGCAGACUUGGAUGGGAGAUUGAUUCAGGGAGAUCAGAUCUUAUCUGUGAAUGGAGAGGACAUGAGGAAUGCCCCACAGGAGACAGUGGCCACUAUCCUGAAGUGUGCACAGGGGCUUGUGCAGCUAGAGAUUGGAAGACUCCGAGCUGGUUCCUGGACCUCCAUGAGGAAGACAUCACAGAGCAGUCAGGGGGGUCAGCACAGCACACACAGCAGCUGUCGUCCUUCCUUUGCACCUGUCAUUGCCGGCCUGCAAAACCUGGUUGGCACGAAAAGAGCUGCAGAUCCUUCCCAGAAAAAUUCAGGCACAGAUAUGGGACCAAGGACUGUUGAGAUAAUCAGGGAGCUCAGUGAUGCCCUCGGAAUCAGUAUUGCUGGAGGAAAAGGAAGUCCCUUAGGAGAUAUCCCUAUAUUUAUUGCCAUGAUUCAGGCCAGCGGAGUGGCUGCGCGUACACAGGAGCUUAAAGUUGGAGAUCGGAUUGUCAGCAUUAAUGGGCAACCUUUGGAUGGGCUGUCUCAUGCAGAUGUGGUUAAUCUGCUGAAGAACGCCUACGGGCGCAUUAUCCUGCAGGUUGUAGCAGAUACCAAUAUAAGUGCUAUAGCAACUCAACUUGAAAACAUGUCUACAGGCUACCACCUUGGUUCACCCACCACUGAACACCAUCUAGAAGACACAGAGUAUUUAUUGAGUGCCUUUCUAAGGCCAGAUACUAUACAAGUGCUAAGUCCUGACGAUUCAAACUUAGAAAUAACACCUCCACCUAAGAUUAUUACUUUGGAGAAAGGCUCUGAAGGAUUGGGGUUUAGUAUUGUAGGGGGUUAUGGAAGUCCCCAUGGAGACCUGCCAAUUUAUGUCAAGACUAUAUUUGCAAAGGGAGCAGCUGCAGAUGAUGGCCGAUUAAAACGAGGCGAUCAGAUUUUAGCUGUUAAUGGUGAGACCCUGGAAGGUGUUACUCAUGAGCAAGCUGUCACCAUUCUAAAACACCAGAAAGGGACCGUAACCUUAACUGUGCUGUCAUGAGCCUUGGGUCCCGAUCACAAGACAGAUGUUGCUGUUUAGAAUAUCCACAGGAAGAUGAAGCUCUGGGUGGGGAUGAAAAGCAACCUCAAUGAAAAUUUACCUUUACUCUUACCAUCUCAUCCUCCCUGCUCAGGAGAGAAGGCUGAGGUUUCAUGUGAAUUUCCCAAAUCAACAAUCAUCUGCCUAAUGUUUCCAGCUUCUGUCACCUAUUAGUGAAAGUUAAUGGUAAAACUUAAAUGAGUCUUAGCUGUUUUGCAUUUAACAUAGAUGUUUGCCAACUAGUAAUAACUGGUUCUGAUUAUAUUUACCAAAACUGGAGUUAACAACCUCUCAUUCCUUAUACCCUUCUCUCCCCAUCCCCUACUCGUACAGAGGCUUUACAGCAACCUCACAUCUCAUUUGAUGAACAGAAACAAAUGUUAAGCAACUUGUCAUCUCACUCAUGAUUUACUUAUGCUAAUUGUCUCUUCAAGUAAGCCAGAAAACAUUCGCAGCGUAAUUAACUUACCAUUGAUCCCCAGGAUGAAAUACCAAAUUCUCUCCUAUGGGAAAUUACUGUGUUCUCUUCUGUACAACUUAUAGCCAAAUAAGUUUCAAAUUCAUUUCUCUGGAUAGAUCUUUAUAUGUUAUCAUUGGUGAUUUUGAUGAGUCAGUUUGCAGACUAUAAUCUAAAAAUUCUGAAAGGCUUUCUAAUUGUUUUCUGAGCUACAUAAAUGCAUAUCACUGAGAAAAUGCACCUUAUUCUCAACAGGAACAAUUAGCAUUCAUGUUCUGAACUCUAACAAUGCUAAGUUAUUUUCAAGUCUGGGAAGUUCAUUGGGAAUUAAUGGUGUCUCAGUAGGCAGACACCCUUCCCACCCCUCAGUCUUCAGACAAGGAGGCAGAAGCCCCAGAACCACACUGCAGAGAUCAGCAAGUUUUGCCUCAAGCCAGAUGAGAUCUGUGUGGCAUUGGCCUUGUGCAAAGUAGAGUGACAAAGUUGAUUAUCCUUCUCUUUACCUCCAUGCCAGCCAGUCCAGCAGUACAGACUGCAGAAACCUAGAUAAAGCAACAUGUUAGCUGCAAAGUGACUGAGCAAACAACAUGACCUAGGAAUCAGUGAUGAAGAUGCUUGGCUGCUGUGUCCUGGUCUCCAGGGAGCCUCCCAUUUGAUGUUUUGCAUGCUAAGAAAGCAACUACAGUGGAAAAUAUAAGAAUACCUUUAAAGUUGAUUAUGGGUAUUCUUAUUCACAUAUUAGCAGGAAAAGCAGGGAGAUGCUCAUCAUUGAAUGCUGUAGGGUACUCUAUAAAAAAAGUGCCAUGAAGGAUGAGUACCAGGGACAGUAAUAGAAAUAAUUCAGCAUUAUUUAACUAUAACACAGUGCUGCAAAUGGUUCACAGUAAUUCUCAAAAUUUAAUGGACUCUAAUUUAAAAUGUUAUUUAAUAAGUAUAGAUAUUAAUUGGGAAUUAUCUUUGAGUAGGUGUAAUCACAAAGUGCAUUAACUCUUUUUGGAAUAUUUUGUGGCUAUUCCAAAGUAUAGAGUGCCUAAAUUUUAUGUUGAAAAUGUUUUUCAUGACUGGUAUUAAGUUUUCUGAAAUUACACAUGGCUUUUGAAAUUUCUAAUGUAUCUAAGAUAUGCAGUAUUGUUAGGAUCUCAUCUUUCAGUGCAUGAGAAGCUACCAGCCUCAGAAUGUUCUAUAUCAAUUAUAUUUGCAAGAACACCUCAGGCAGCCAAGAAGAAAUGAAACCCAAAUACUUGAAAAUGCACCUUAAAAUAUAUACAUAUAUAUAUAAUACUUUUAAAAUGUGAUUCUGCUUGAUUCUGAUGGAAUGGCCAUUAAAUAUACAUUUUGAAGUAAUACAUUGUUGUUGUGUUUCUUUAUACACUGUCCUUUUAGGUCAUGCUACUAAAAGUCUAUUGAUAAAGGAAUUGUGGUGUUUUAUACUUCUUGCUGCAAUAAACUGACAGAAGUAGUGUUUUACAUAACUGGUUCCGUCUCUGCUUGCAUGACUAAUAAAUAAUUGCCUUGCCAAAAGGAAUUUUUUGUGUCAGAACUUACUGACAAGCUGAGAGAAUAUGAAGAUGGAAAUUUGUGAAAGAAGUGAUUUUCUUAUAAUGACAUAUAUUGUUUUAGCUUCAUCAUUUGGGCCACUUAAGUAUAACAAUGAUAUCAUUAAUUGGAGUUAGCAAUGAGAGGGAAGUAAACCAGGAAAAAUAAAACUGCUGAAUGUUUGUACAUAUAAGAUGUUAUUUAAUAUCCUAAAUAAAUGUAGUUGC